AUGUUGUCUGGACCACAAACCAUAGAAGAGUUUAAUCGAGAUAUGACUAUGAACUCAUCAACACCUGCUAGCUCCUAUUGGUCAACAACUGCUAGCCCCAUCUCGUCAACAACUGCUAGCCCGAGUUUAUCUUCAUCUCCGGCCAUUAUCUCGUCAACAACUGCUAGCCUCGGUUUAUAUUUACAUCCUGUCACUUUUUCGUCAGCAACGGUUAGCCCCGGUUUAUCUUCAUAUUCUGCCACUAUCUCGUCAACAACUACCAUUUCCGGUUUAUCUUCAUCUCCUACCACUAUCUCACCAACUACUGCUAGACCCGGUUUAUCGUCACCUACUGCCACUUUCUCGUCAACAACUGCUAGCCUUGGUUUAUCUUCAUCUCAUGCUACUUUUUUGUCAACAACUGCUAGCCCCGAAUGGUCAAUAUGGAGUGAAUGUUCUACAACAUGUGGAAAUGGUUACAGGACUCGACGUUCUUUUGGAGUGAUGAAUUACGGAACUGAAACAAAAAGUUGUAAAAUUAUAUACUGUCCAGUGGAUGGAAUGUGGGGUGAUUGGAGCAAAUCUGAAUGUUCAACGUCUUGUGGUGGUUGGGGAAAAAUUUAUUUUAACAGGAGUUGCAACUAUCCGUCACCUAUGUAUUAUGGUCGAGUUUGUAUGGGUCUUAACAACUACACUGAUGACUGCCUUGAUGAUAGAACUUGUCCAGUAAAUGGUAUAUGGUCAGAAUGGUCUGUUUGGUCAUUAUGCAAUAAACCCUGUGAAAGAGGUGUUAUGUCAAGAUUUCGUACUUGCUCAAACCCAAAAUAUGGUGGUCAAUAUUGUAAUGGAAGCAGUAUUCAAACAACUUAUUGUCCGCUACAACUUUGCAAUA